CGGGGAGGGGAAGUGGGGAAGGUGGUGGGAAGGCAGAAGGACAGGGGCAAGGGCCCUGGAGCAGCAGAACUGCCUCCCAGCUCAAGACAGCCACCUUGCCUCCACUCUACUCUCUGCCACUGCCCUGCCCAUUUGCUGGGAACCUCCCGUCCCCCCCACCCCCAACUCCUGCUGCCUGAUCUGGCCAGCUUGCCUCUAGAUUCCAGCCUCCCGUCAUUGGCUCUUCCCUCUAUCUCUAGGUCUCUGUCCUUGUCCCUCUUCUAGAUUCCCUUCCUCCACCCCAAAUCUUUGCAGAACUCUCUUUUGUCCAUCUGUCCCUCCCUUCUUUCUGACCUCUUCCCUUUGGGGGCUCAGCGUGGCCCAGGCCCAAGGGGAGAUGUGGGAGGCUCAGUUCCUGGUUCUGCUGCUUCUGCAACUGCGGUGGGUGGCUCCAGUGGAGGCUCCAGGGUCUGGGACAGAGGUCCCAAUGGUGGUGUGGGCCCAGGAGGGGGCUCCCGCUCAGCUCCCCUGCAGGCCCACAAUCCCUCCCCAGGAUGUCAGCCUUCUGCGAACCGUAGGGGUCACUUGGCACCAUCUACCAGACAGCAGCCCUCCAGCUCCCGCGCCCAGCCUGCGCCCCGCCGCGCCCUCCGCCCGGGGCCCCGGGCCGCGCCGCUACGUGGUGCUGAGGCUGGCGCCCGGCGGCCUGCGCAGCGGGAGGCCGCCCCUGCAGCCCCGCGUGCGGCUGGAAGACCGCGGCCUCCAGCGCGGGGACUUCUCGCUGUGGCUGCGCCCGGCCCGACGCGCCGACGCCGGGGACUACCGCGCGGCGGUGCACCUUCGGGACCGCUCCCUCGCCUGCAGCCUCCGUCUGCGCGUGGGCCAGGCAUCCAUGACUGCCAGCCCCCCAGGGUCCCUCAGGAUCUCCGACUGGGUCAUUUUGAACUGCUCCUUCAGCCGCCCGGACCUGCCAGCCUCUGUGCACUGGUUCCGGGGCAGAGUCCCUGUUCGGGAGUCCCCCCAUCACCACUUAGCUGGAAGCUUCCUCUUCCUGCCCCAAGUCAGCCCCUCAGACUCUGGGCUGUGGGGCUGCAUCCUCACCUACAGAGAUGGCUUCAAUGUCUCCCUCAUGCACAACCUCACGGUUCUGGGUCUGGAGCCCUCAGGGCCUCUGACGGUAUACACUGGAGCUGGUUCCAGGGUGGACCUACCCUGCUGCCUGCCCCCUGGUGUGGGGACCCAGUCUUCUCUCACUGCCAAGUGGAGCCCUCCCGGGGGAGGCCCUGACCUCCUGGUGGCUGGAGACAAUGGCAACUUUACCCUCCAACUGGAGGCUGUGAGCCAGGCCCAGGCGGGGGCCUACACCUGCCGCAUCCAUCUGCAGGGAGAGCAGCUCAGUGCUACAGUCACUCUGGCAGUCAUCACAGUGACUCCCAAAUCCUUCGGGUUAUCUGGCAAGCUGAGAAAACUGCUUUGUGAGGUGACCCCGGCGUCGGGACGAGAGCGCUUUGUGUGGAGCCCCCCGGAUAAGCAGUCUUGGAGAGGUUCCUCAGGACCCUGGCUGGAGAUACCGGAAGCCAGACUCCUUUCCCAGCCCUGGCAGUGCCAGGUGUACCACGGGGAGAGGCUUCUCGGGACAGCGGUGUACCUCUCUGAGCCGGCUGGCCCAGGUCUGAGACCCCACAACGCCGCGGCACCCGCUCCAGGUGCCCGGCGCUCUGGGAGGGCCCCAGGUGCCCCCAACACAGGCCAUCUUCCUCUCUUUCUCAUCCUUGGUAUUCUCUCUCUGCUUUUGAUGACUGGAGCCUUUGGCUUUCACCUUUGGAGAAGACAGUGGCUUCAGAGAAGAUUCUCUGCCUUGGAGCAUGGGACUCACCCACCUCAGGCUCAGAGCAAGCUAGGGGAGCUGGAGCAAGAGCCGGAGCUGGAAUUGGAGCUGGAGCCAGAGCCCGAGCUGGAGCCAGAGCCCGAACUGGAGCCAGAGCCCGAACCGGAGUUGGAGCUGGAGCCAGAGAAACUCUGACCUGGAAGCCCACAGAUCUGCACAACUAGGUCCAAAUAAACUCCCCAUCAGCAGCAA